UGUACUCAGAGAAGAAAUUUCCUCUAGUAUCAGAAUAUUAAACUCAAGGAAACUACACAAAAAAAACCAUGUUGGCCAGGCAUGGUGGUGCAUACCUGUAAUCCCAGCACCCGGGAGGCUGAGGCAGGAGGAUCGUUGCGAGUUUGAGACCAGCCUGGGCUACAAAAUGAGUUUAAGGCCAGCCUGAACUGCAUAGCGAGACUCUGUCUCAAAAAAAAAAAAAAAAAAAAAAAAGAAGUUAAAACUUCUUUAAUCUUACAAAAUUUCUCAAUUGACAUAUAUUUCUAAUCUCCCAAUUGAGUAUUUGAAAUAUUCCAAGAUUUGAAAUGUAGGUAGUACUCAUAUUGUGCCAAAACUAAUAUCCUUGAGGUAAUGUAAAAAAUAAAUAGCUGAUGAGUUGAUGCCCACCUGUAAUCCCAGCACUCUAGAGGCUGAGACAGGAAAAUUGUCAGAAGUUCUAGGCCAGAUGGGGCCACACACUAAAUUCAAAGCCAAACUUAACUACAGAGUGAGGCCUGUCAAGAAUUAAAAAAAUAAAAAGGCACAAAUUUUGAUCUAUGCUCAGAUUUAUAGACAUUCCAAAUGAAAUUGCAUUCAUGUAUUGAUGAUAAGAGGAUAUAAAAAAUUGUGUAUACAAUGAGAGUUAUCUUUAAUUUUAUAUACAUUUUUAAAUCAUCAAAUUAUGUAUGACAUUAUAUGUAGUUAAAUUUGAAGUGCACAUUCAGUGUGGAAAAAUUGGCUGUAUUGUGAAUGUAUUCAGACUCCAAAUGGAUAUCACUGUUUUGAUCUGAUUUAUAUCAAGCAACACUCCAUACACACAGUCUGAUCAUAUCCCAAAGUAUUGGAACGCACAUCCCCAUGUUAUUGUUGGGACUCUCAGUGUGUUAUAACAUCUAUGGAAAUGAGUAUAGAGAUUCCACUAAAAUGGAAAAAAAAGAAAUUCUUUUUAACUAACUAUACUUCUUUUUUGAGACAAGGUCUCACUGUGUAGCCCAGGCUGGUCACUCACAGUGGUCCUCUUGCUGCAACAUCCCAAGUGCUGAAUUACAGCUCUGUGCCACUACACUCAACAGGAUCCAACUAUAAUUUUACUGCAUAAAUUCUUAAAGUGUUAUGUAAUCAAAAACCAUUUGUAGCAGCAAACCUAAAAAUUCUAACAUUUGGAAAACUCUUAAAUCCCCAUAAACAGAUGACCAGGUUAAGAAAAUAUAGCACAGGCAUACAAAGGCAUGCUGGCAAUCUUAGAAUUCUACAAAACAGAAGUGGGGAGAUCAUGCAUUUAUGCUCAUCCUGAGCAUCUUAAUGAUUGAUGAGAGUGUUUCAAAAUAAAAAUAAUAAAAUGCAUGGAUGUAUCUCACUGCUAAUCCCCUCAGUUCAAAUUCCAGCGCUGAAAACAUGUUAUAUGUACACAUAAUGGGAUAGUAUUCAUCCAUAGAAGGAUAAAGUGAUGGCAUUUGCCAAAAUAUGAAUGUACCUAGAGACCAUAAUGUUAGAUUAAGUCAGUCAAACAGACAUUUCAACAUUGCAAGUUACAUUUUUCAUUAGAAUCCUACAACAUGAAUUUAGGAGUAAAUAGAGGAGAGGUGGUGGCAAAGGAGAGACAGCCACUGUGAAGCGGGUGAAGAGGCUCAGUGGAAGGGGAGGGGAUGGAGUCAUGGAGGAAGAGGCAUCAAAGAUCGUCAAUACAUGGAACAAGUCUCAUCAAGAUGUUCCAAUUGCUCAAAAUUAGAAAGUGAAGAGGAAAAGCAAUCCUGUGAAUAUAAACUACAGCAUCAACUUGGUGAAAUGGCUUCUCAGACUCCAGAUACAAAUGUGCACAUGACAGUUGCUGGUAUAAAACCAGGAGAAAGCGUCUGUUCUAGCAAGCUUCUAGUUGGUCAUCCAUCAGCAGGUGGACCCAUCAUGGCUAACACUGCAUUGAAACCGCAUGAGCAUGAGGAAUUUCAAGAGAAGCUGUCUACCCAUAACGAACAAGUGAAAACCUCUGCGGAAAUCCAGACCUUUGAGAAAUAUGCGAAGACAGCUCUUAAAGAGAAACCCCACGAAUACUCGCAAUGUGCAAAAUUUUAUUCUAAUUAUACUGAAGAAAGUACCAUGGAAGAGAAGCUAAAUGUCAAAUCAUUUAUUAUACUCAAUAAUGUUCAAAUUGGGGGAAAAUGUCACAAUGAAGUGAGCAUGUAUACAUGUGUACCAUGGGAAAAAGAUGUUAAUUCUCACUCUGUUAUUCAGACAUACAAAAAAUCUCACUCUGGAGGAAAAUCUCAUGUAGGUAAAUAUGGAAAAUGCUUCACUAAAAAUUCAAUGGGUAGUCAUCAAAGAGUUCACAUUGGUGAGAAACUCUAUGUAUGUAAGCACUGUGGGAAAGCUUUCAGCCGAAAAGGAAAUUUGCAAAUGCAUGAAUGGACUCACACUGGAGAGAAAUUCUAUGCAUGUAUACAGUGUGCCAAAGUUUACAGAACAAGUGGUGUUUGCAAAAAUCAUGAAAAGAUUCACACUGGGGAGAAACCAUAUGCAUGUAAGCAAUGUGGGAAAGCAUUGAACAAACAUUGUAAGUGUCAAACACAUGAAAAAAUUAACAAUAAAGAGAAACUUUAUUCAUGUAAGCAAGAUGGCAAAGCUUGCAGGAAAAGUGAUGUUUCUCAAAAUCAUGAACAGAAUCACACAAGGGAGAAAUCCUAUGUGUGUAAGCAGUGUGGAAAAGCUUUUAGCACAAAAAGGAAUCAUCAAGCACAUGAAAGGUCUCACACUGGUGAGAAACCAUAUGUAUGUAAGCACUGUGGAAAAUCUUUCAUCAGAAAAGAUCAUUGGCAAAUGCAUGAACGAAUUCACACUGGAGAGAAACCCUUUGUAUGUAAGCAGUGUGGGAAAGCUUUCAGCAGAAAACAUCAUCGGCGAAUACAUGAACGGAUUCACACUGGUGAGAAACCCUAUGUAUGUAAACAAUGUGGGAAAGCUUUCAGCACACAUCGUAAGUGUCGAAUACAUGAAAGAAUUCACACUGGAGAGAAACCCUAUGCAUGUAAGCAAUGUGGCAAAGCUUUCAGAACAAGUGAUAUUUGUCAAAAUCAUGAACGGACUCACACUGGGGAGAAACCCUAUGUAUGUAGCCAAUGUGGAAAAGCUUUCAGCAGACAAUAUAGUUGUCAAGAACAUGAAAGAACCCAUAGUGGAGAGAAACCCUAUGUGUGUCAGCAAUGUGGGAAAGCUUUCAGAUUACAGAGAAGUUGCCAAAGUCAUGAAAGAACACAUGCUGGGAAGAAACCUUAUGUAUGCUCACAAUGUGGGAAAGCUUUCAGCAGCAAAGCAGGCUGGCAUUUACAUGAACAGACUCACACUGGGAAGAAACCCUAUAUGUGUUCGCAGUGUGGGAAAGCUUUCAGCAGUAAAGCUGGUUGGCAAAUACAUGAAAGGAUUCACACUGGGAAAAAACCCUAUGUGUGUAUGCAGUGUGGGAAAGCUUUCAGCAGUAAAGCUGGUUGGCAAAUACAUGAAAGGACUCACACUGGGGAGAAACCCUAUGUGUGUAAGCAAUGUGGGAAAACUUUUAGCAUAAAAAGUAAUUGUCAAGUACAUGAAAGGACUCAUACUGGGGAGAAACCUUAUGUAUGUAACCAAUGUGGGAAAGCUUUUAGCACUAAAAGGAAUCAUCAAGCACAUGAAAGGGCUCACAGUGGUGAGAAACCCUAUAUAUGUAAGCAAUGUGGUAAAGCUUUCAGCAGAAAAGAUAAUUGGCAAAUGCAUGAACGGAUUCACACUGGGGAGAAAGCCUACAUAUGUAGGCAAUGUGGGAAAGCUUUCAGCAGAAAAGAUAAUUGGAGAAUGCAUGAACGGACUCACACUGUGGAGAAAGCUUGUGUAUGUAAGCAAUGUGGGAAAGGUUUUAGCAGAAAAGAUAAUUGGCAUAUGCAUGAAUGGCCUCACACUGGGGAGAAACCCUGUGUAUGUAAGCAGUGUAUGAAAGACUAAGUUUACAUACAGAAGUUGUAAAACACAUGUAUAAACUCACACUGUAAACCUAUGCAUGUAACCAAUGUGGGAAAGCUUUUACCAGUCAAUGUAAUUGUCAAAGAAAUGACACUUGUGAGUAAGCCUAUAUAUGUAACCAGUGUGGGAAAGCUUACAGAAUCAAUGGUCAUUGUGAAAAAUAUGUAGCAGCACACACUAUUGAAAUGCUAUGUAUAUAGCGUAUAAUAUGUGAAUACAUUCAGUACACAGAUGUGACAUACAUGAAAUAAUACUUGAAUGUCUAUAGAAACAGGAAAAACCUCUUUGUGCAGUGAGCAUCAUACGCACUAAUAAAGGAAAACAAUAAUACAUGAGCUGACUUAGACAUGAAUCAGGCUGAGGAGAAGCUUUUCUAAACAGUGAAACCUCUCAGUCCACACAAGUAUCAUUAUAUACAUGAAAGAAUUCAUAAUGAGACAACAUAUGUGAACAAUGUGGGGUUUUUUUUAAAUUCACUCUAAUACAUAAAAGAAUUCAUGAUAAGGAACAUUAUAAAUAUGGAACCCUUCAAUUCUUCCACUUCACUAUGAAAUGCAUGAAAGAAUACCACUAAAGAGAAAUCCUGUUAAAUAAUGUAAGAAAGCAUUGUGUGAUGUCCAUAACAUCAGAAAACUAAAUUCACGAGUAUAGUUAUAAAUACAGAACAUGAGAAAUCUUCAUUUUCACAUUACUUUGGAUAAAAUAUGGCAUUGUCCAGUGAAGAAAUUCAUAUCAAUGUUAAUUAUGUGGGACCACCUGUAUUCAUUUUGGUUUAAUUCACAUGGCAAAUAGUAUUGCAAGAGCCCACUAAUGUAAGUGUUGUGUACAAGUUGUCAGUUCUCCAUGCAAGAAUGCAUGUUGUACCAAAACCCUGUGAAUAUACAAAGCUCAAGUAUCUCAUUCUUGAAAUCCUCUGAUCAUUUCUCAUACAUGUUAUAUUUUAAGAGUAUAUUAAAAUGAGAGAUUAAGUGUUUAUAAAAUAUACACUUUUAUGGAGAUAUGCUAAAAUGUAAAUAUUGUAAGCUGAGUCUUACAGUAGAUCUUUGGAUGAAAUAAUUUUAAAUUCUCUGAUGAGAAAGUGUUGUAGUGAGGAGUAGUUGUGCACACCUAUAAUCCCAGCACUUGGGAGGUUGAACUAGGGUUGUUAUUAUUAUGAGUUCCAGGCCAGUCUCGACUAAAUAGCAAGGCCCAAUCUCAAAUAAAAUGAAACAACGGUGAAGAAAUAUUGUGAUGACAUCAUUCUGGAGAUUCUUGUAAGCAGCCUCACAGGAGUUUAAUGUUGUCUCUUAAAGUACAUAAUAAUUGUCUGUGUUUUGCACUUUGUUUGAGCCAAAGAUGAAGUGAAUUAUGUUUCUUACAUGAUAGUAGGUUCAUAUUUUGUAGGUUAUUUUUGGUGGGUUUUAUUUUUUUGCAUUUAGUAAUUGUGUGGUAACAUGAAUCCAAACCUGGAUUUUUCAUUAACUGUUGUCAUUUUUUUCUACUAGCUUGUAUUCGAAGCUCUGCUGCACACAGUCCACUAUUCUAGCAAGAAUUUUUUAAUUCAAUGUCACUUUUUACAAUUUUAUUUCUAGUAAUUUCUGUGUAUGUACCUGAGUUUUCAUAUUUUUAAACAUGUUUUUAGUAUUGUAAGAAGAUAUCUAUCCAUAUCCCAACAUAAUUACAGUUUAUAUUCAGUGAUUAAUAUUUCCUGUUUUUUCUUUUCAUCAGAGCCAUUAAUAUCAUGUGUGUACAGAUCAGUUGUUUUUAUCAUUAAAUUUUACUUUUCAUACUCA